UCCUGUUGAUGAGCGAUUUUUGGAGUUGAAUUUUGUGUUUUUUUUGGUUCCUGAGAAAUUGUAGGAAAAGGAAGGAAAUUUUUGUCCGCCUGUCUUUCUUUCUCGGGAGUCGAACGCUCCCUUGGUUUUGUUUAUUGUUUUCUAGGAAAAGGAAGGGUUUGUAUUGUAUAUUGUCAAUUUGGGGCUUCUAUUUGUGUUCCUUUUUGUUUUCAUAAGCUUGCUAGCUCUAGAGAACAUAUGAUUUGGAGCUAUUUAUGUUUCUAUAUUAUUUGGGAAUAAACUUUUCUUUGAUUCACACAAGCAUUUUGAGGUGGACUCCAUCUUCUGAAUUGGUGAUUUUGUUCGCUUGGAUUCAAGGAUGAUCUUUGAGCUGAACGGAAAAAAGUGUAAUACUUGAUCAAGGCCAGUGGUCUCCUUGGCCAAACAAUGGAAAAUGUAGCUGGCACACAGUAUAAACCUCAGUGGCAGCAAAGGGGAAAUGAAGAGAAGAAGGCAGUUUUCCAAGAAGAAAUGAAGAGAAUGAACCAACUUCCUGCAAACAGCAUUUAUGCUAUCCAUCGCCUGCGAGUUCUCAACAAAAUUCAGCAACUUUUAUCCAUUCAGAGGACUGUCUCGCAAGAUGAGGAAUUGGAGUUGCUUUUUGCUGGGCUACAUCUCUGAAAUCGUCUGUGCAAUUGCAGAUGUCCCUUGGAACUGUUUCUUGUAAUCAGGUUAAACUUGUAACGACUAGUUUAUAUAUGAGUCUUUAAACUUCAAGGAUUUGAUCAUUUUAGUUGCUAUGUCUUCAGGUUAGCUCCUAGUUAUAUUAGAGGACGGUGUAAGUUAUAAAGAAUUCCACGUUCUAUAGUUGUGACAAAUUGUUUUUAUUUA